UAGCAGCGUGCGUGGCACUUGAAUAAAAUUACACUUAUACUCCUCCCCCUCCGUUCGUAGUUCGUACCUCUGAUCUCUGAAAAUGUCAAAUUUGUUGAGCUCAUGGUUAUGGCUCUCCCGCUUUCGUUCUUCAACUUCAAAGUACUCGUUUUACCGAUAUCGCACUCUCCAUAACACUCAUCUCAAAAACUCACCUACCUCAUCCAAUCUCCUCAACUCACACACAACAACAAAGAAGAAUCCUUGCUGGUCAAUUCCUUUGUUUCUUGCUCUUUCUGCUGGUUCACUCUGUCUUCAACCUCAUUCUCAUCCUUCCUUCUCUGACUCCCCUCUUACCCAUACCGAUAACGAUACCGAUACCGAUACCAGAGAUGUGAGUUUGGGGGGCAAAGGUAGCACACAGUAUGUUGUUAAAGGAUCACAGAAAGAGUUUCCGCAAGAGCUGCUCGAGGAGUUGAAAAUCAUCUGCGAGGAUAACGUAUCACUUGAUUAUGAUGAGAGAUAUAUCCAUGGAAAACCACAAAACAGUUUUCACAAGGCUGUCAAUAUCCCAGAUGUGAUUGUUUAUCCAAGAUCAGAAGAGGAGGUCUCAAAGAUUGUCAAAUCAUGCAACAAUCAUAAGAUUCCUAUUGUACCUUACGGAGGAGCUACGUCAAUCGAGGGUCACACUUUAUCUCCCAAUGGAGGGGUUUGUAUUGACAUGUCAUCGAUGAAAAGAGUGAAAGCAUUACAUGUUGAUGACAUGGAUGUGGUUGUUGAUCCUGGAAUUGGGUGGAUGGAGCUUAAUGAGUAUUUGGAACCAUAUGGCUUAUUUUUUCCACUUGAUCCAGGUCCUGGUGCAAGUAUUGGAGGGAUGUGUGCUACACGUUGCUCUGGUUCGUUAGCUGUGAGGUAUGGAACUAUGCGUGAUAAUGUCAUCAGUCUCAAGGUAGUUUUUGCCAAUGGAGAUAUUGUGAAGACUGCAUCUCGGGCUAGGAAGAGUGCUGCGGGGUAUGAUCUGACCCGCUUGGUGAUUGGGAGUGAAGGAACUCUUGGUGUCAUAACAGAAGUAACACUGCGGCUUCAGAAAAUUCCCCAGUUUUCAGUGGUUGCAAUGUGCAAUUUCCCUUCUGUGAAGGAUGCAGCGGACGUUGCUAUUACCACUAUGAAUUCUGGAAUACAGGUGUCAAGGGUAGAGCUAUUGGAUGAAGUUCAAGUCAAAGCUAUCAAUAUUGCUAAUGGGAAGAAUUUGCCUGAAUCUCCAACUUUGAUGUUUGAAUUUAUAGGAACAGAGGCAUAUGCACGUGAACAAACGCAAAUUGUUCGAAAAAUUGUAUCUGAGCACAAUGGCUCAGAUUUUGUAUUUGCAGAAGAGCCUGAAGCAAAAAAAGAACUGUGGAAGGUAAGGAAGGAAGCACUCUGGGCUUGCUUUGCUAUGGAACCUAAUAUGGAGGCAAUGAUUUCGGAUGUAUGUGUUCCUCUAUCUCAUCUAGCCGAUAUAAUUUCGAAGUCUAAAAAGGAGCUGGAUGCAUCCCCACUGGUUUGCACAGUGAUUGCCCAUGCUGGUGAUGGUAAUUUCCAUACGGUAAUUCUAUUUGAUCCCGCAAAAGAAGAACAGCGGCGGGAAGCAGAGAGACUCAACCAUUUUAUGGUUCACGCUGCCUUGUCAUUGGAAGGAACCUGUACCGGCGAGCAUGGUGUUGGCACCGGAAAAAUGAAGUAUCUUGAAGAAGAACUAGGAGUGGAAGCAUUGAAGACAAUGAAAAAAAUAAAAUCAGUCCUAGAUCCUAACAAUAUCAUGAAUCCAGGAAAGCUCAUCCCUCCCCAUGUUUGUUUGUAAAAGUACCCCUUGCUCCAAUAGGCAGAUGUGCAAUGCAAUCUCCUCAAAUUUACAAAUCAAUGAAAGCCUUGCAGUUUCUAGCAUCAGGUGAUGUCUAAGGAAUCAGUUUCUUACUAUACAAUAAGGAUAUUGUGCACCCAUUUCACAGUUUUCCCUCUCCUGGGUCCAAGAGAUGUUAAUGUAAUCGAUAGUCCUGUAACAGUAUUUUUCAUGUUGUCAUUUUACCCCUUUUCAUUUUCCUUUUAAAUAUUAGUAUUACUCUACUUAGGGUAAGUCAACAAUAGAACACAAUAUCAAUUUGUAGUCUUGCACCAUUUUAAGUUGUCAAUUGUCGUAUACUUUGAAUAGGAUUGGGAGACAAAAUAAAACAGUAAGAUUCUGUACACAAGUACUGGUCUUACAAUUAUACACAGUGGCGUGUCAACCAGUUUACUAA